AUGCCGGGCAGCAUCCGAAUCUCAGACGUUCAGCCACCGGUCACCGCACCACUCUUCUUGCAAGGUUUGUUGGUGUCUUCUGAUUUCACUCUACUUUUUCCCUUGCUUCACACUUCCUGUUUGCUAAUGUCGUGUCAUUUGGAUGCAGUUAAUGCAGGGAAAAAAGAGUACAGCGGAGACAUAGGGCAGCAUGGAUUCUCCCUUCCUGUUACAUCGAUUCGUGAUAGCAUGGUGAUGAUGCUGUACAAUGCAGACAAGGAAUUGGUAUCCAAGACAGAGGUGAAGACAAAGUUGAUUGUUGAGUUGGGAACCAUGGAUGCUGUUUUUACUCUUGAUAGUGGAGGGACAAUUAUUCUCCAGUUGCAGUUUUUUCUCAGCGAUGAAGAUCGCAAGCGCAUCCAAGAGAUGAGGAACUCUGUGAUGAAAAGAAAGCAGCAAGAGCUGCUUGGGAAUGGCGAUGAACUUUAUUUCCAAGGAGCUCUGUUUCUUACAAAUGGCUUUCAAAUUUUAUCAGAAGAUGGCCCACUGCCUAAAGAGCAUGCAGAAGAUAUCCCCGGCAUCCCAAGCAAAGAUGAUCUGAAAAAGAGGGUCGUCUUCUCCGAAACAAGUGUAGAUUCUGACAUGGUGGCUUCUAAGGACCCACCGUUGCAAAUUGGUGGUACUACUUCGAUGCUCGAAGGUCCCAUCGACGCCGAUUCCAAGAAAGGACAGGGUAAACCAAAGAGUAGAUCAAGCAGCGCGGUGAAGAAGAUGAUAAGUGCCUUCGAAAGCAGCUCCCCACAGGGUCUGCCUUCGGUGCCAAGGAUCAGAUCAGAGAGCUCGUUGGAAGAGAUGCCGUCGGUUUCUUGUUCAGAGACUUCCACCAACCCUUCACGCAAGCCUCCUACUCCUGGUGCAUCAGUGGACGCUCCAGGCCGCACCCAGACAGGUCCCAGGCCAGGGAAGCAAGCCAUGAUCAUUGGCAACAAGAAACCAAGCACAUCUUUUGGAAAGACCGGCCCGUUAAACACACAAGAAAGCCGGAGACGGAGCUCCAGGCAGAGCGCAGGAGCGAGCGACAUGAUUCGCCCGGAGAAGCGGUCAGCGGAAAAGCGUCGGCGUCGCUCCAUCGGCACCUACUCAUCGGAGCAGCAGGUGAACCCUUGUGGUGCGACGUCUAUCGUCACGUGGAUCAACCAUCCGCACGUCUGCAUCACCACUGCGAGCAGGCAGCUGAAAGGCAUUGUUGACGUCGAGCACCUGAAUUUCGUGGAGAACUUGGGACAGGGCGCAGGUGACGGCGCGGCGCGGUGUCCUGACGGUUCCCCGGUGCUGAAUGGGUGGUUGAUUAACCAGGGUGUGCGUGGUGUGAUAGUGAUCAUAGCCUGCGGAGCUGUGUUUUUCAACAACAGGUGA